CAAACAAACCGUCGCCAUUGUCUAAUCGCUAGUACAGUUCAUUGUCGUGUUGUGGUUUGUCUCCGUUUCUAACGUCGUCCGUUUACAUUCACCGUUCAUCAGUCGUUUGUUUUAUCUUUUGAUUUCCACAGGCACCACUUACGCGUAUUGAAACAUGGCUCGUACCAAGCAAACCGCUCGUAAAUCUACUGGAGGUAAAGCUCCCCGUAAACAAUUGGCCACCAAAGCUGCCCGCAAAAGCGCACCCUCCACUGGUGGAGUGAAAAAACCUCAUCGUUAUCGUCCCGGUACUGUCGCUCUUCGUGAGAUCCGUCGUUACCAAAAGUCCACUGAGUUGCUGAUCCGUAAGUUGCCGUUCCAACGUUUGGUCAGAGAAAUUGCCCAGGAUUUCAAAACAGAUUUGCGUUUCCAAAGUGCGGCUAUCGGAGCUUUACAAGAGGCCAGUGAAGCAUACUUGGUUGGUUUGUUUGAAGAUACCAAUUUAUGCGCUAUCCACGCCAAACGUGUCACCAUUAUGCCUAAAGAUAUUCAAUUGGCCAGACGUAUUCGUGGUGAACGAGCCUAAUUCAUCCAUUACAUUCCUCUCAAGUGUAUUUUUUUUCGUUUGACAAGUUUCCUGGGUUAUCUUUAUACAUAUACAUUUUUUU